UAAAUAGAAAUCUAAUUUCAUACUAAACCUGAGAACGACAUUAGAACGGUAAACGGAGAGUGAGGAGCGAGCAAGAGACUUCAACAAACGCAUUCAAAUUUAAAAGGCUUGUGAUUUACUUGGGCUGACAAAAUGACAGGUUUCAGCAACGGAGGUUUCGAAAACGAUGAGCCGGUGAAGCCAAAAGCUGGUUUUGAGCCAGAUACAGCAUCACUCAGAGAGAAAGUCAUUUUAAAUCCGGGCGAAAAAUGGCGCAUUUUGAAAAAUAUCUCCAUCAUAUCAUUUGCAUUCAUGGUACAAUUCACAGCGUUUCAGGGCACAGCCAAUUUACAGUCCUCGAUUAAUGCCGAAGAUGGCUUAGGCACUGUAUCGUUGAGCGCCAUUUAUGCGGCGCUUGUCGUCUCAUGCAUCUUCCUACCCACACUUAUUAUACGCAAAUUGACUGUAAAAUGGACGCUGGUCUUCAGUAUGCUGUGCUAUGCGCCGUACAUCGCCUUCCAAUUGUUCCCAAAGUUUUACACAUUGGUUCCUGCUGGUAUUCUAGUCGGUUUGGGUGCCGCUCCUAUGUGGGCAUCUAAGGCCACCUAUUUGACUCAGGUCGGUCAAGUGUAUGCGAAGAUAACCGAACAAGCGGUGGAUGCAAUUAUUGUGCGAUUCUUCGGUUUCUUCUUCUUGGCUUGGCAAACAGCCGAAUUGUGGGGAAAUCUGAUUUCGAGUUUGGUGCUUUCGAGCGGAGCUCAUGGCAGUGGCGGUGACAGUAACACCACCACCUCUGAAGAUUCUCUGAAACACUGCGGUGCGAACUUCUGUGUGCAAAGUUCGACCGGCAUUUUGAGCCGUCCACCAGAUAAUGAAAUCUUCGAAAUCUCUAUGAUCUACUUGUCUUGCAUCAUUGCUGCCGUAGCCAUUAUUGCAAUCUUCCUGGAUCCCCUAAAGCGGUAUGGUGAAAAACGUAAGGGUUCACAAUCGGCACAAGAAUUGUCUGGCAUGGAAUUGCUGUCGGCUACUUUCCGUCAAAUGAAGAAACCAAACCAGCAAUUGCUCAUUCCCAUCACAAUUUUCAUUGGCAUGGAACAGGCUUUCAUCGGUGCCGAUUUCACACAGGCAUAUGUUUCGUGCGCUUUGGGCAUCAAUCAAAUUGGUUUUGUGAUGAUCUGCUUCGGUGUGGUCAACGCUAUUUGCUCGAUCCUUUUCGGUUCGGUAAUGAAAUAUAUUGGACGUCUGCCCAUCAUUAUUCUCGGCGCUGUAGUGCAUUUCACACUCAUCUCCAUCGAAUUGUUUUGGCGUCCCAGCCCUGAGAAUCCACUCAUCUUCUACGCCAUGUCCGGAUUGUGGGGUGUCGGCGAUGCUGUAUGGCAAACGCAAAUCAACGGCCUAUACGGUCUGCUCUUCCGUCGCAACAAGGAAGCGGCCUUCUCCAACUACCGUCUCUGGGAAUCAGCUGGCUUCGUGAUCGCCUAUGCAUAUGCGACAACUUUGUGUGCGCGCAUGAAGCUUUAUGUUCUAUUGGCUGUAUUGGCAUUGGGAUGCGUUGGAUACACUAUUGUGGAAAUUCUGUAUAGAAGAAAGCAACGCAAGCUAAAGAAGCAAGAGAAAUUGGAGGCUGCCGCCAAGGAGAAGGAAGCGGCUGCCGCUGCAGCAGCCGCUGAGGCUAAUGGCCCAACCGAAGUGGAAGAAACAGACGACGAGCUGGAUGAUCUCGAAGAAGAUAUUGUUGUGACGCAUUUCUAAGUCCACUUCUAAAAACAAAUACACACACACUCACAAACGCGUGCUCAAACAUGCAUACAACUGCAAAACAAACACUUGCGCCCUACAUAUCGUCAAACGUAAUGUGCAUAUGUAUGUAUGUACAUAUGUGAAAGCUUCUCACAUGUGAAAGUGCUUUGAAAAGCUUGGAACACUGCAGCUUUGGCAAGCUUAUAAACAAGGGUGAAAGCACUUCAAAUCAUUAGGGCACAUACACAUACGAUGUAAGCUUUUGUUUUGCUUUUUUGUUUCGCCUGAGCGCUUUUAGUGUUGGCGUGUAGGUGUAACUUUUCUUUGUUUU